AUGAUGUUGGAGAAGAUCUUGUUUGCUGAAGAGUAUGUGGUCCACUUGCAUGACCCAUGCCAAGCAACCCUUGUCUUCAACGUUGAUACAAAAAGAUUAUUUCUUCAAGCUAUUCUCCUCAAGUAACCAAGUAGUAGAUAAAUAUCUCUUCCACUACAAACACAGCUGUGGUGAGUUGCAAAGGGUUGUGUUGGAUGCUUGGACUGUUGGUUGCUCUUCAAGAGAGUUUUCGUUGAAGAAUAUCAGAAGUGGAAGUUGUUAUCCUUUGAAACCUUUGUUACUUGUAGAGGGUGGAUUGUCGCCUGAAACAGCAACUUUCGUUGUGCGUGAUAGCUUGCCAUAUAAACAGGUGCUGAGGAAUACUAGUCAGCUUUUUUGUCAGGAAGCAAACAUUUCUGUCGCUUUAAGUGAACUUUCCAGUUCUUCAUUGUCUGAUGACGAGAGUGAGAGUGGAGAUGAUUCUUCUUAUUCCGAUAGCGAUACAGAUAGUUCCAACUCUACUUCAGACGAUGAUGCUUCAGACUCGGAGGAUGACUAUUAUAGUUAUGAUGAAGGUAUAUCUGAUUAUGACUCCGAAGAAGACUAUUUGUAUUCAGAUGAUGAUGAGGAAGAAAUAUUGAGUGAGUCGGAUGAUGAUGAUGAGUAGAAGUUGUUGGUUCAUGGUAGAGAAGAUGUAUAUCAAGUGCACAAGUUGAAAGAAUGUGUAAGAUAUGAAUAUAGGCUAACCAUUUAACGAGUUGUUAGAAAAUAACGAACGAGAACAUAAAACGAGUAUUGUUGGACAAAGUGUU